AAAGUUAAUGUAAUAGUUGAUCUUUUAGGAUCAUAUCUGGCCAGGGUCAGUGGAAGCACAUUGUGCGCGUAAAUCUUACGGACUACACGUAUUUAAAAUCCAUCUACUAAGACGAUCCGAAAGAUGGUAAUUAACAAUGUUAUUAAAACGUUGUGUCGCGUUUCACAACAAGGCAUAGUAUUGACUUGCAGACGUGUACACAAUGGAAACGGCCGGUUUUACACUAAAAAGCAUGAGUGGGUGAAGGUCGAUGACGGUAUCGGUACUAUUGGAAUAUCAAAAUUUGCGCAGGAAUCACUUGGUGAAGUGGUAUUUGCACAACUACCAGAUGUAGGAAACAACAUAACUUGUGGCGAUGAGUGUGGUGCCUUAGAAAGCGUUAAAGCAGCUGGGGAGGUGUACUCGCCUGUUUCUGGUAUCGUAACUGAAAAGAAUAGUGCUGUUGAAUCAAGUCCAGCUCUAAUUAACAAAUCUUGCUAUGAAGAAGGUUGGCUAUUCAAACUGAAACUAAGCAAACCCGAAGAAGUGGAACAGUUAAUGGACCAAACCUCUUACGACACGUACCUUGAAGACCUUCAGUAAACAAACAUGUCACAAUGUUAUAAAUAAUAUUUAAACUUAAGUACACUAGAUCGUAAACACGAUACAAAUGUUAGUAUAUUGUCGUAGCAUUAGGUAUAUCGAAAUUUAUAUAUUAUGUAGAUUACAAAAUACCUUAAGAUUUCUACACCUUUAUUAAGGCAUAUAAAUUACUUACGAAAUUUUCUCAUGUAUAAGACAACUUUUAUUGAUAUGGGAAGUAUCGAGACAUUGCAAUAAGUGUGCCCUAAGAUGGUGAAUAGUUCUAAACCUUGAAGUGAUUGAUUCGAACCCUAGUAAUAGAAAUCGUCAUUUUAUUUCUCUUCCAUUGUUAUUAACAAUUGUAAUUUGUAAUAUUGAAUUUGAAUGUUAUUGAAAUUGAAAUUGACGGAUUGUCAGGUAUAGACUGAUCAGUCUGAAGUGAUCACUUCAGAUCGCAAAAUCUCAGCCAAAAUAAAUAUAAAAGGAAAAACAAAAACUUCUAGUGCUAACGGAAGUAUAAUUAAAUAUAAUUAUAUUGGGUCCCAGUAAAUUUUAUGAGUGAAAAUAAACAUUUUUUUAAUA